AUGGCGCGGGAUGGCGCGGAGUGCGCGCCAAUGCGUUCGGCGGCCCAGCGUGCUGCGGGACGGCAGUGGGCUAAGUGGUCCGCCGACAACGCCGUGCGGCGGCUGUCGGGCGAGUUGGGGAGGACUCGGGCCCGUCUGGAGGCCGCGGAGCAGGCCUUGGGCGCGGUCAUCGGGGAUGACGAGGUGGCCCAUAGGCCGCAGGCGAUGCUCCCCGCGCUGCAGGCCACGCUGGGCGGGUGGACCCCAUCCUGGCUCGAGCGCCUGCGCCGCAACGUCGCCCUCCAUGCCGAGGCGCAGGGCAUGGACAUCGUGGCGGCCAGCGCGGCGGAACUACGUUCUGCGCAGCGGGGACCCCGGCUGGAGCGGCGCGCGGCGGCCGAUGGCGCGCUGAGGGCGGAUGCGCCUCCCUUCGUCCCCCUCGGCCCCAUCGGCGCUAGCGCGCCCGGCGGCGGCGUGCCCCACACGCCGCACGACGCCAACCAGCUGCUGGCGGACCUCAUCGCCUACGCCGCCCCCAUGCAGGAGGCGCUUCUCGGCGAGGGUUGCCAGCACGCGCAGACCGACGGCAUCGACGCGGAGCUGGAGGCCGCCGACGGCGGGAGCGGCGGGCCGCAGCUCGGUGGCCCCCAGGGCGCUGCGGCCGCCCGCGCCCGCGACCUAGCCGAACUCCACGACGCCUUCGUGGAGGAGGUCUUCGUGUCGGCGAACGAGGCCUUCGGCGUCCAGGACGACCUGAACCAGCUGAUGGCUGGUCUGGCGGCGGAGCUCGGCGGCGAGGCCGUCUCCAGGUACGCCGCCGCGGCGGAGCCCGGCCCUGGGACAGGUGGAUUCAGCCCACCGCAGUCGCAGUCCCAGGGUCGCGGCGAGUUCGAGAAGCCGCACGACGCGGAGCCCAUCGGGCUGUCCGAGGCUGCUGGUGGCGAGGUGCUGCCGCAGGCGUCCGAGGGCACGAACAGCAGUGUGGUUGCUGCAGAGGCCGUGGCUGAGCAGGACGCCUGCGCGGACCUCUCGGCGGAUGACCUGCGGGGGCGCCACUCGGAGCCGAGCCCGACCGCGCCCGAGAAGGCCUCGGGCCAAUGGCGGUCGGCAUCGGACGAGCUCCGAGGCGCGACGUCAGCCCUCCUCGUGGACCUGGAGGCGCAGCUGGCGGCCGUGUGGGCGCGCGGGAUGGCGCGGGAUGGCGCGGAGUGCGCGCCAAUGCGUUCGGCGGCCCAGCGUGCUGCGGGACGGCAGUGGGCUAAGUGGUCCGCCGACAACGCCGUGCGGCGGCUGUCGGGCGAGUUGGGGAGGACUCGGGCCCGUCUGGAGGCCGCGGAGCAGGCCUUGGGCGCGGUCAUCGGGGAUGACGAGGUGGCCCAUAGGCUGCAGGCGAUGCCCCCCGCGCUGCAGGCCACGCUGGGAGGGUGGACCCCAUCCUGGCUCGAGCGCCUGCGCCGCAACGUCGCCCUCCAUGCCGAGGCGCAGGGCAUGGACAUCGCGGCGGCCAGCGCGGCGGAACUACGUUCUGCGCAGCGGGGCCCCCGGCUGGAGCGGCGCGCGGCGGCCGAUGGCGCGCUGAGGGCGGAUGCGCCUCCCUUCGCCCCCCUCGGCCCCAUCGGCGCUAGCGCGCCCGGCGGCGGCGUGCCCCACACGCCGCGCGACGCCAACCAGCUGCUGGCGGACCUCAUCGCCUACGCCGCCCCCAUGCAGGAGGCGCUUCUCGGCGAGGGUUGCCAGCGCGCGCAGACCGACGGCAUCGACGCGGAGCUGGAGGCCGCCGACGGCGGGAGCGGCGGGCCGCAGCUCGGUGGCCCCCAGGGCGCUGCGGCCGCCCGCGCCCGCGAACUAGCCGAACUCCACGACGCCUUCGUGGAGGAGGUCUUCGUGUCGGCGAACGAGGCCUUCGGCGUCCAGGACGACCUGAACCAGCUGAUGGCUGGUCUGGCGGCGGAGCUCGGCGGCGAGGCCGUCUCCAGGUACGCCGCCGCGGCGGAGCCCGGCCCUGGGACAGGUGGAUUCAGCCCACCGCAGUCGCAGUCCCAGGGUCGCGGCGAGUUCGAGAAGCCGCACGACGCGGAGGUGAACGCUGCUGGCAUCGCGGAGCUCGACGCGCUGUAUGCCGCUGCUGGGGGCACGGCGCUGGUGCACGGCAGCGGCGCGCGGGCCCGCGGCGGGUUCGCCCAGGAGGCCGCCCUGAGCGGCGGCACUGCAGGCACCUCGGAGCCCAUCGGGUUGUCCGAGGCUGCUGGUGGCGAGGUGCUGCCGCAGGCGUCCGAGGGCACGAACAGCAGUGUGGUUGCUGCAGAGGCCGUGGCUGAGCAGGACGCCUGCGCGGACCUCUCGGCGGAUGACCUGCGGGGGCGCCACUCGGAGCCGAGCCCGACCGCGCCCGAGAAGGCCUCGGGCCAAUGGCGGUCGGCAUCGGACGAGCUCCGAGGCGCGACGUCAGCCCUCCUAAUGGACCUGGAGGCGCAGCUGGCGGCCGCGCGGGCGCGCGGGCUGCAGCGGCAGCUCGCGGACGCCGACCGCCGCAGGUUGGAAGCCGAGGAGGCCAUCGACACGCUCGUCGGCGACGCGGAGGUCGGCGCGCGCAUCCGCUGCCUGCUGCCAGCUCUGGCGGCUUUGGUGGCUGGGCGGGCGCCGACCUGGUUGCAGAAGCUGCGCCGCAACGUCGCGCUGCACGCCGCGGCGCCGGGGGCGCGGAUCCUGGUGGCCAAGGCUGCCGAGCUCCGCGCUGCUCAGCGGGGGCCGAGGCUGGAGCGCGCCGCAGUGGCGACUGGAGCUUCCGACGGCGUGGACGACGUGGACACGGACGAGAGCGGCUGGGCGGAGGCGCUGGCUACCCGAGGGGCUUCUGGGGCUCUCGAGACCCAGGAUCCUUGGGCGGGAGGCGGCUUGCCCUUUCAUGCUCGGGUGUUCCACGUGGCCGAGUUGGAGCCGAGGCUCCUGGCGCAGGCCGAUGCCCUGGCGGCGGAGCGCGCUCCGCGGCCAGGGCUGGGAGGCCGCGCGGAGGCCUUCGUCCAGGGGCUGGCGGCGGGCUGGCGGCUGGCGGAAGGAGCCUCCGAGUCGCUCGGCCCCGAGCGGCUGGAGGCGACAGAGCAGUACGACGCGCACUUCAGCAAGCAGGCGGCGGCGGCGCACGGACCCAGCGCCGAUCUCGAGGAGCUUUUCGCCUGCUUCGAAGAGAUGCUAGAGGUCGGCGCCUCCGUGAGCUCCGCCAGCCAGGCUGACGUGCAGCUGAUUCGGCACCCCAGCAAACUGUCGGGCACCGCAUGUGAGGCCGUGCAGCUCUUCGACCCGAUCGAGGAGCCCGAGUCUGGCGAAGCGGAGCCCGAAGGCAAGCAGGCGGAGGCUGUGCACGACGCAGCGGUGCCCAAUGUGCAGGAUCUGGAGCGCGCCCGCCUCGAGAGGGCGCUGGAGGCCCAGGUCCUGUCGUUCGAAUCGCUCGAGUCGGAGCGUGCCUCGCCGCGGCGGCUGGACCCACAGAGAGAAGCUGCGAGAGCGGCGCUCGCGGCCCUGGAGCACGCCAGGCGACAGGGCCUCCACUCCCUGCGCGACUUCCAGCCCUCCCAAAUCAGGGAGGCCAUCCUGAGCCUGGACGAGAAGGUACUCAGCCCCGAGACCACGGACCUCCUCCUCACGACGGAGCCCAGGACGCACGAGCCCACCGUGCUCCCAACAUUGGAGGAGAUCGAGGUCGCGAAACAGUACCGCGAGUCCGGGCAGCCGAUCGCGCAGCUGGACGACGCGUCCAAGUUCCUCAUGGCGGUGCACAACAUACCGCUCCUCCACGACCGCCUGCUGCUCCACCAGUUCCGCGCGAGCUUCGACGGCAGGGCGGGGGCCAUCCGCAGGCAGCUGGACACGGUGGCGGACGCGAUGCGGCAGGUGCGAGACAGCAAGCGCUUCCCGGAGAUCCUCAGGCUCGUCCUGAAGAUAGGCAACAAGCUGAACGACGGCACGGCGCGCGGCGGCGCGAGUGGCUUCCGCAUGGAGUCGCUGAAGGGCGUCUCGCAGGUGAAGCAGGUGGAGGCCAAGGAUUCGUCGGCCGCCGCCGCCGCCGGCCAGGCUCCC